AUGGACAAAGAAGUAAAAAUGCCAGGGUACAAGUGGUUUACAGGAUUUCUUCGUCGCCAUCCAAACCUGUCCCGGAGGACCCUGAUGUCCUUAGGGAGAGAAAGGGCAGUUAUACCCCCUCAAGCGGUUGAGAAAUGGUUUAAAAACCUAAAGGGGUCUAUUGCUGAGCAAGACAAAGCAAUACUAGACAGCCCAGAAAGAAUAUUCAAUGCUGAUGAGACGGGGUUUUCCUUCGAUGUUAAAAGAAAAAUUGUCGCUUGCAAAGGGUCUAAACAUGUGUACACUGUCUCAUCCAAUAACAAGACCCAAGUGACAGUCCUAGCGUGUGCCAGUGCCUCAGGUCAAUAUAUCCAGCCUUUGUUAAUUUUUCCUUACAAAAGGAUACCCAACAAGAACCUGCUACAGGACUUUCCUGAGGCAUACCUACAGGUUUCCGACAAUGGCUGGAUUACUGCCAGCAUUUUUCACAUAUGGAUAAGGGAUUGCUUUUUACCAUCUAUUGUCAACAUACCAAAGCCGGUUUUGUUGCUGGUCGAUGGACAUACGAGCCACACAUCUCUUGUGGAAACACUGGAGCUCUGUGCUGAAAAUGGCAUAAUCCUGUAUUGCCUGCUGCCUCACGCUAGCCACCUCAUUCAACCACUUGACCAGGCUUUCUUUGGUUCAAUAAAACGUUCCUGGACGGAUGCUGCUCGCCAACACACGUGGGCCACUGGUGAAGGAGUCAACCUUGAAAGCUUCGGGAAGGUGUUGAAACCUGUGUGGACAAAAGCCGCAACGCCAAGCAAUGCAUCACAUAGUUUUAAGGCUGCGGGGAUUUACCCAUUCAACCCCGACAAAGUAUUGAUGUCCGGCAAAUUCUGCCCAAGUGAAGUUUAUUCGUCGGGUGAUGCCCCAUUAGCGGACCACUCACUUGAAGGCUAA